AUGAGUGGGUCAAGUUUCAAAACGCGUGACGGCUCAUCUGUAAAGAUGCAGCAGAGUGACAACCCAACUUCUCCAACAUCUCCUAUUGCCCCCUACCCUCCAGAAUACCGCAGCCGUGCGCCAGAAUUCUACGGCUUCGUUGCUUGGACUUCAACAUCGUUCCUUUACGUUGUCUACCUUCUGUGGGCAUUGCUACCUGACGAAUGGAUCAAAUGGCUCGGCGUCGAAUGGUAUCCCAGUCGCGAAUGGGCUAUACUUGUGCCAGCAUACAGCGUUGUCGUUGCGCUCCUCACAUAUUUUGUCUAUUUUGCGCUUGCUCUGCUCGCGACCCCGUCAUUCUCCGACUCUAGCGCCAUUACUGAUUCGCGUGCUCUGUGGCCGCCGCUCAAGCACGGCGGACCCAAUCCUUACUUGGCCUAUGCUAACCCGAAUCAAGUCCCGGAAAUCUAUGAUCUCCCCAUCGGACUGGUCAAUCGUGUGGCUUAUGGGCCUUGGACGAGUAGGAAUACAAGCUUUCAGACCGAAUGA